GUGAAAACACUUUUGAGAGUGGGUCUUUUCUUGUUUGUUGUAAUCACUUUUCAAAAUUGUCGUCUAUCAUUUAUCCAAAUUAUUUCAAAAUGAAGAUGGCCGAUGGGUCUACUAUACUAAGAAGAAACCGUCCAGGGACUAAAGCUAAGAAUUUUAACGGUUGGCCAGAUGAACCAUUCGAAGAGAUGGACAGCACGUUAGCAGUGCAACAAUAUAUCCAACAACAGAUUAGGAAAGAACCAUCGAACAUUGAGUUGAUUUUAACUCCUCCUGAAAGUCAAGAUGAGGGUGUAUGGAAAUAUGAGCACUUGAGACAGUUUUGCAUGGAGCUGAACGGAUUAGCUGUCAGACUGCAAGGCGAAUGCUUACCAGAAAAUUGUACACAAAUGACGGCCACCGAACAAUGGAUUUUUCUUUGCGCAGCACAUAAAACACCAAAGGAAUGCCCAGCAAUUGAUUAUACUAGGCAUACAUUAGAUGGAGCGGCAUGCCUCCUGAAUAGCAAUAAAUAUUUUCCUAGCAGAGUUAGUAUAAAGGAUUCAUCAGUGACAAAACUUGGAUCUGUUUGUAGACGUGUCUAUAGAAUAUUUUCUCAUGCAUACUUUCAUCAUAGAAAUAUUUUUGAUGAAUUUGAGAAUGAGACCUUCUUGUGUAGGAGGUUUACUCACUUCAUAACCAAGUACAACUUAAUGUCCAAGGAUAACCUGAUCGUUCCCAUCGUCGAGGGUGAUGCCGUUGGCAGUGGUGAAUCGGAAGCCUGAGAAAAGCCUAAACCUCCUUUGCGUGUUUCGCCUAUAACGAAAUAAUACUCGCUCUCUUUCGUAUUCCCCCCUCGUCAGAAAUACUGCCCUGAUCCCUCCUCGCGAUCGAGGACUAAGAGUGCGACACGCAAAGGUAGGUUUGUUAUGUAUUCACUCAAUGAGUGUACCUAUAAUCAUAUGCCCAUGAUAUAUUGUAUAGUAUAUAAUCUAUCUAGUGAUCUAUGUAUUUAAAUUAUAUAAUGAUUUCUAUAUCUAUAGUAUGUAUAUAUUUAUGUAUAAAUGUUAAUUUAUUAUUAUUUUAAUAAAUCUAAAUUAGUCAUUUUAAUACUAUGUGUUUUUAUUUUUUAAUAAAUGUUUCAAAUAUGAUGUAUGACUUGCAGUAUUAUUUUUAUUAGUGUUGCGAAUUUCUGUCAUUAUAUGUCAAUUAAAUGAAAGAAUUCCCUAAAAUGAAAUACAAAAAAAAAAAAUGUUAGUGAAUUUAAAGUAGUGAUGAUGCACUUGUAAUUGACCAUGUAUUUUGAAAUGAGCCCCUGUGAUAUUUACACUGUUUCAUAAAAAAAAAAAAAAAAAAUUAUAUUCACUCAGAUAGAUCAAACUGUUACUUGUCAAAUCAUAAUCCUUAGAAAAUACAUCACGAUUUUAAAAGCAG